UACAAGUUAAUUUAUUCAUAGGUUUUUCAUGAAAGAGUGAAGGUAUUUCAAAAUUGGCAACAUUCUCAAUUUCAAUUAACUAAGAAACGUGAAAUGAAAGCAAAACUUGAACUAUCAGGAAGAAAUGAUAAACUGGAUCAAGCUGGAGUAGAAGUGUUGGAGUGGGAAUCUAAAGUUAUGCGUGGUCAAGAAGAAUUUGAUAAUAUAUCAAGAAUGAUUAAAAAGGAAGUUGAUUAUCUAGAAUCAAUAAGAAUAAAAGAAUUUAAAGAUACGGUUGUAAAAUAUUUAGAAGAUCAUAUGGCACACCAGCAACAGCUUAUUCAAUAUUGGGAAGAUUUCUUACCACAAGGAAAAGCCGUUGCAUGAAUUCUGAGCUGUUUAUAUUGAGAAUAGACAGCUGCUCCUACAACCUAUGUUUAUAUGAUAUUGUAUUUUAUAUUAUUAUAUUAUAUUAUUGGAUUUACAUUUAUUAUAAAAUAUAGUAUAUACACUAUUUCACAUGAAUGGGUA